AUGAGCACGGUCGAGCCCUCAUACACCACAAAGGCUGACCUGCGUGGCACGCCGUGGCGAGAGGCGCUUGGCGUGCCCGAGAGCGAGAUUGUCCGCUUUCACACCUCUUCGGGCUCGUCCGGCACACCCACCGUCACGGCCUAUACGAAAGGCGACCUCAAAACUCUCGGACGCCUCACAGCACGCACACUGCUGGGGCUGCUCCCGCUGAAGCUGCCACUCUGGCGAUGCUAUAACGCCUUCGGAUACGGCCUAUUCACUGGCGGGCUGUCCUUUGAGGCCGCCGCAGCGCAUGCGCGCACGCUGGAUGGGCUGCCACCCGUGUGUGUCAUCCCCACGUCGAACCUAAGUGGCUCCGCCAGCCUGGAAGCUGCCGUCGACGAGCAUGCUCGACUGCUUCGACUGUUUGAACCGAACGUGCUAUUCGGAACGCCCUCGCUCGCCUAUGUGCUCUGGGAGAAAGGGCUGCUCGGAUCGUUCAAAGCCAUUAUCACGGGAGGCGAGCCCAGCAGCUCUGCGCUGCGUGAGCUGCUGCGGGGCUGCGGGCAGAGAACAGUGAUCGAGGCCUACGGCCUCAGCGAGGUCCUCGGACCCGGCGUUGCGCAGAGCUCCAGCGAGCGCGACGAGCUUUUCCUCAACGAGGAUGCAUUCGAGUGCGAGGUGCUCGACGAGGGCGGUGAUGGCGUCGGAGAGCUUGUCAUCUCCACACGCCUGCACGAGGCGACCCCGCGCCGCCGCUACCGCACGGGCGAUGCAGUUCGCGUCGUUAAGGGCGGCGGUAGCAAUGACGUGAAGUGCGAUCGACCGGGCCGUGCGGUGACGGUGCUCGGAAGGCUGUCGUCAGACUUCUCCUCAACGUGUGGCGUGUACCUCUCGGAGAUAGAAGAGGUGCUCGUCUCGCACGGCUAUUCGCCGUGCUUCGAGCUUGCCGACGAGGAACGGUCGCUCGCUGUCGAGGCGCUUCGCCCUCCCGCCGGCGAAUCGGCGCCACCGCUCUUGCAGCUGCCAGAGUGGCUGACAACGGCGGUCCAAGUGAGUGUCGUGGAGGCAGGUUCGAUGCGGCGCUCCUUGGGCAAAAGCUGCCGGAGGCGCUAG